AGCUGUCGUGACUGCAACUUCCUUUUAAACCUUUGCUCUCAGAGAAAUACGAUCAUGCCGUGUCAACAGGAGCAGUGACUAGGCAUCAAAUAUUUAGGGCACGGUGUCUUGCAACGAAGGAGCCCUCAGUGAAGUGGUUUUAGCCGAAGGAUUACUUGCAGACAUGGUAGUGCAACCAACAUUGUAGCCGGCGUUUUGCGAUGAACCCAGGCCUUGUCUAUAACCUAACGGCUAUAUAUAUUAUCUUUGCAAGUGACAUUCUUUUUAAAAUGAUUAGAAAUUCUUGACAGAGAAGCAACACUUUUUUAAGGGUUUUUUAAUAAAAUCUUUUGCGUUGCAUACAAUUUAUGGUAAGACCUCUCCUUCGCAUUUUGGCGCUAGACGUCUCCGUCGUGGGCGUGCCGAUUACACAGUAAACUAUAAACAUUCUCACACCCCGCAGGGCAGAAUCGCAGAAUAAGUAGCGAAGCCUGCAAUGAAGCUAGCCAUACAUUUAUACUCGGAAAAAUUUAAUCGAAAACAGGCAAUUCAAAGAUAAUUUAAGUAAAACAACGCUAUGCCCUUUUUCCGUACGAAUUUUAGGGCGAAUUGAAAUGAUUUUUUUGGGUUUUCUGUAAAUUUGCCGAGUUCCGAAUUUCAUGUAUCGAAUUCGGCGAACCCUGGGACUAUAUUGACAUGUAUCUGCUGUUAGCUGAACAUUAUCCCCUUCCACUUUUCAUAGGAAAAUCGAACUAGUCACUACUUUGUCAACUAAGCAUAGGGAAUGCAUAGUCUCUGAUUUAAGAAUGACGACCAAGGAAAUUGUUCUGCCCUGUUAUUGGAUCAUGGCUAGCUGGUCUUUCCGCUUCUUUCAUUUUGUUUUGUAAACAUAAGUUGUUUUCAUUUGUUAAAGUACAAAACUUUUAUUUUGGGGUCGCUAGCUGAGGGAAAGAAUGGCAUCCUUUUAAACUUGGAUUGGUAAAUUGUAGAUUAUGUUGUCCUGGUUGCAGCAAGGACAUCUUCUGCAUUUCAGACCUCCUUAGAAAACCAUUGUUUCAAAGGAAGCAAAGGGGGAGGAAGUUAUUUUAUAUCUGAAGCAUGGAGAAAGAUGGUGAAAAGUCUGUCCCUAAAAAAGAAAAAGAUGAUGAAGUUGCUGCCCCUGAACAGAAGGAGGACAACGACGCUGUUGUUUCUGAAGAGUCUGUUUCUAAAAUUGUGGGGGAAGAAGUGGAACCAGAGGAAGAUGAUGAGGAUGAAGACUUUGACUUUGACCCUUUCCUACAGUACACGGAUGAGAAAGAUGCGUCCUCAAGCUUAAGUUCAGAGAAUGAAGAAGGACUAGAGGAGGAAGGAAAGGAUCAGUUGGAAGAUGUGCUGUAUGAUGAAAAUGAGACUACAUGGUUGGAAUUGGGGAGUGAUAUGGAAGAAGAUGAGUUUGUGGGAAAUUAUGAUGAUGAUGAUGAAGACAUUGAUGAAGAUGACAACACAGAAGAUAACAAUGAGGAAGUUAUUGGCAAUCUGGAUGAGAGCACAGAAGAUCAGCAAGGAUGUUCAAAUAUGUUGGGCAGAGUGGGAGUGGAAAGUGAUGCACUGGUUGCAGGAUCAAAUACACUGAACAGCUGCGAUAUUCCUGGGAAAGAAGAAGACACAGGCAACUUAACUGACAAAGCGGAAGUAGAGUUAGGUGAGACGAUGGAUGCUUUACCAGAUCUGAAAAGUCCAAGGAAGUCAGUUAUUGUGCAGCAGAGAGGUGAAAGUAAUGAUGAAGAUAUUGAAGAUGCAAUUUCAAAGCGAACUCGGGCACGCUACUCUUUGGCUGAUAUGUCACUUGAUGAGUUGGAGACUUUUCUUCAGGAGUCAGAUGAAGAGGACUAUUUCCAAAAUGUUGAUGAUGAGGAAGAAUACAGGAAGUUCCUGGCUGCUGUUGCAGGAAGUUUAGAAGGAAACAACGCACAUGAUCAAGUGUCACAAAAUAAGGAAGAUGAUGAUGAAGACGAUGAGGAUAAUGAUGCGGAUUUUGAGAUUGAGAUUGAAGAGGCAUUGGAAAGUGAUGACGAAAUAAUUAUUAGAAACAGCAGGAAGAGAAAGCAUUGGGAAAAUUUUAGUAGGCCAAUUACAAGAGAAAGAAGGCGUCAAAGGAAUUCUAUUGAAAAUAAGGAUAGACUUCUUGGGCUUGCAAAAACCCCACUUCGUCCUUUGCUUCCAUUGACAGAAAGUUUACAGACACAAUCUCGAUCCCUAGAUAGAAAAAAUGUUAUGAUUGGCCAAUCUGGGUAUAAUGAGGUACAUAUUGAGAACAGUAAUAUGCUAACUGGAUUCACAGCUCAUCAGAUUGGUCAGUUGCAUUGUUUGAUUCAUGAACAUGUUCAGCUCCUUGUUCAAGUAUUUUCGCUCUGUGUUUUGGAUCCUUCCAAGCAGCACAUUGCCUUUGAGACUCAAAAGAUGCUGAAUGAGCUUGUUGACAAAUGCGAUGAAGUAUCAUCAUGGAAGAAAAAUCCAUAUCCAGAGUUAUGUUUUCAUCCUCCAUAUAUUCAUCCCUCUGUAACGGAAAGUAUCGAGUUGCAUCCAAUGCCACUGCUUUCAGAUCUAAGUAACAAAGCAACAAAUACAGGAGACACUUUUCAGAGAGAUAUGGAAUCAGGAUGGAUUCCUGCAAUUUCUGGGCCAAUACAGUCGGUGCUAGAUGUAGCUCCUAUUAGACUCGUCAGAGAUUUUUUUAAUGAUGUUGACCUUGCUGUACAGGAGUCCAGGCAGCAACAUGUUCAAAUUGGAGAAUAUCAAAGCAAGGCCCAACGAGAGCCACUUUUUCCUUUUCCUGCAUACAAGCAACCACAUUUUCAGAUUGGAGAAUGCCCUAGCCAAUUCGAACAAGAGCCUCUUUUUCCACUUCAGAGUAUUGAUGCAUGUUCAAAAGCUCCGAAAAAGACGAUGAGAGGCGCAAUUUCAUCUGGCAAAGGCAUUGUAUCAUCUGCUCAUCCACCUCAGAAAAAGACGAUGGCUGCUGUAAUGGUGGAAAAUACUAAGAGACAAUCUGUGGCCCUUGUUUCAAAGAACAUUGUAAAUGUUGUGCAAAGGUUUUUUCCACUCUUUAACACUGCAUUGUUUCCUCAUAAGCCACCUCCUGCAGCUACUGCAAAUCGAGUGCUCUUCACUGAUGCAGAAGAUGAAUUGUUGGCGAUGGGCCUAAUGACCUACAAUAAUGAUUGGAAGGCAAUUAAAGAAAGGUUUCUUCCAAGUAAAUCUGCAAAUCAGAUAUUUGUAAGGCAAAAAAAUCGUGCCUCUUCACGUGCACCAGAAAAUGCUAUUAAGGCAGUGCGGAGAAUGAAGACGUCUCCCUUGACAACAGAAGAAAAGAUUUGCAUUCAUGAGGGUCUCAGAGUCCUGAAGUAUGAUUGGAAGAAAGUAUGGGAAUAUUGUGUUCCAUAUCGGGAUCCUAAUUUGUUGCGUAGACAGUGGCGAGUUGCACUUGGCACACAAAAGUCAUAUAGAACAAAAGAUGAUGCAACAAAGAAAAAGAGACGAAUAUAUGAAGCAAUGAGAAGGAGAUCCAAGGCUCUACAGAAAGAGGGUUUUAGUCUUGUUGGGAUACAGGGAGAGCAGGGGCAGCAAGUUGAAAAUGAUGAUGGUGAGGAGAAUAGUGGGGAUGACAAUGCAGAGGAUACAGAUGAGGCUUAUGUUCAUGAAGCAUUUUUAGCAGAUUGGAAGCCUUAUGGUUCUAGAUUGAUGGCAGCUAUACCACAGGCUCCACCAUUGUUGGGUUUAAAUAACCACAGUUUUACUUUGGCUAACUCAGGGUCUCAGAGGGAAGGAAGUCAUAAUGGAAGAAUGAGUUCAGUGCAGCCAAAUAAUUUCAAUCCAUCUAUGUCAGAAAUCCAACCCUUACAUCAGACUUCGGGUGGCCAGAUAACACACACAUCUCGGUUGCCCUCUGCUGUGACUGCUUCUAUGCAAUAUUCCCAUCAAGCUUCUCUUGAUUAUGUGAGAAGGCCUGUUAGAACACAGAUUAACUUACGGCCAUAUCGGUCACGUAACAAGAAUAAAGUUCAGACAGUGAAACUAGCUCCUGAUUUGCCAACAUUGAACCUUCCCCCAUCUGUUCGUGUGAUCCCUCAAUCUAUGCUCAUGGGCCACCAUUGUGGUGGUUCUCAGAGACUUGCUAUUGCACAAAACAAAAAGGCAAAUCCGCCAUCAAUACCAGUUGUUGCAGAUCCUCGAAGUCAUUUACAAAACUCCAAUGAUAGCACAAAUAGAAAUUUCAGGGCUGAUUCAUCAACUGUCUCAGCCACUACAACUGUGUCAACCUCCUCUACGGGCUUGGAAAGAAAUUUGUCAAAUGAACCCAAUAUUCCAUUUAAUUGUCAGAAUUAUGAAAAAGAAAUGAGUAGAGCACAUAAAAAAUCAAGGUCAACAAUGAAUCAGGAGCCAAAACUUUUUGAGAAUGAAGAAACACCACAGAUGGAUACCCAAGCAAAUCCUGAAAGAAAUGAGACUGAUGUUCACAUGCAUCCUCUGUUGUUGCAGAAUUCCUGUGAAGAUUCUGUUUUCUAUCAGUAUGAUACGCAUGGUACAAGAGCCCAGAUCCCAUUUAGUACUUUGCGUGGAAAUGCACACAAUUCUGACUUCCACUCAUUCUUUAUGCCUUAUCAGCAAAAUGGCACAAUGAAAUAUCCAGCUUAUUAUCCCCCAGCUUCCUUGAACAAAGGAGCUGCUUUAGCGUCUAGCAAUGCUGAUUUUCACCCUUUGUUACAAAGUAACACAGAAAUCACUGAGGCUUCUUCCAAUGUCAAUACUAGUCUAAGUCUACAACAGCCUUGCAAUUCUGGAGUUCUAUCCAUGCAAGCUCCUCUGUCCAAUUGCAUUUCAAGGCCGCUUGCAUGUUGGACAGAAAUCCAGGAACAGAAUCAGUUGCAAGAGAGGGAACUUCCAAUUACACAUCCUGCAGGUGAUGCAAAUAAGAUGAACUUUGAAAAGCAUUCACAUACUGGAAAUGAUAUGACGACUUUCACAGAGGAAGGAAAAGGGAUUCAGGAGCCAAGAACUAAAGGGGGCAAUAGUAGGAUUUUGAAGCAGAACCAGACAUUUCGAAGUCGAAAACAGAUUACUGGUGAAAAUGCUUUGAAACAGACUAUUUAUAAUUCUAAGAGGAGGAAAAAUGAAAAAAAUUCAAAUAUGCAGGUACACCAGCCCAUUUUAAAUAAUUCGGCUUCUCAUUUUCAUGGAGUUGAAAGUGUGAUGGAAAGUGACCCUGCAAUAUAUAUGGGUAUGAAUCACAUGAAAUCCUCUGAGAAUAUUGCAACUUCAAGAGACUUGAAUGAGGAUACACAUGAAAUAAGUCUUAAAGAUGAUUCUUUACCAGGAAUAGUGAUGGAGCGAGAGGAGCUGAGUGAUUCUGAAGAUGAUAUUGGAGACAGUGUUCAAUUUGAAUAUGAAGAAAUGGGUGAUUCAGACAGGGAUUACUUUGCAUUUGAGCAACAAUCUAAUAUGUUAGAUAAGGAAGACAAUUCUAUUGAGUUUGAGAAAGAGGAAAUUAUCUCAGAAGGUGACGAGACUGAAGAUGAAUGCAGAGCAGGGGAUACUGUUCCGUGUAGACCUGCUGGUUCAAGUGGGGAUGCAUUAUCUGUAUCUGCUGUAGUAUCUCUCAGUAUGCAACAGAAUUUUGUCAGGAACAGGUCAAAGAAGUCAAAAUGUUGGGAUUCUGCUGCUAAUUCUUUGGAUGUCAAAUCCAAGAAGAAAAAGAAAAGCUGCAAACGAGGUGUUGACAAGCAUCAAGGUGAAACUUUACACAUUGGAAGCAGGAGGAAGAGAAGGAUAGAAGAGUCACAGAAAAUUGGUGACAUACAAUCAAGAAAUAUUCUUUGUUGUGCUGGACAGAUGGCACCAAGUACUGAUGCUGGAAUAGAUGGUUGCUCCAGAGUAUUUGAAAAUGAAACAUUCUUGAAGACGCAUUCAGAUAGCUCAGUUAUACAUUCUGAGAUGGCUGCACAGAGGAAUGAGUCUGGUGCUCUCAACAAGGAAAGUUCCAAUCAUCAGGGUCCGAAAGACACAGAAAAAACUACAAUUGAAGCAGCUCAAGUUCUCACCGGGAUUCAUCAAAAGACAAUGGAUGAGAAAAAUGCUGCUAGCAUUGCCGCUGGUGGUUCUCAAAAUGAACUAUAGUUGGCUCUGCAACUAUAGUUUAGUUAUCCUCGAAGGGAUGUUUACUCAGAUGCAGGGAGUCCAACAGGGUCUUUGUAUUGAAGGACAUACUAGUAUGGUCUAAAGACUGGUCCAGUGUGGCUCCUUCAUAGAGCAGCUAAACCCCUUAGUUUAUAUAGAUAGACUCUUUUAUCCUUAAUGUUUUUUUCUUAACCAUGCUAUGUAAGUCAUGCUUGGUACAAGGAGAAAAUUAAGAGAUGUGGUUAAAUUAUUAAUAUGAUUGUAAUAAGGUGUAAUAGUAAUUCUCCUUGACUGGAGAAACAAAUUUUCAAUGAACGUGGUGUGGGUGGAUUCGAAAGGCUUGGUUUUAUGCUGAGCUUAGUCUAGAGUUUGAAAUCUAAGGGGUGACAAAAUCUGAACAAAAUAUGUAAGGUUAAAUAACUCUCAUAUGGGGGUCGACUGGUUUUGGGCCUAAAAAAAUUCCUUGAUAAGCUGUGGUUAGUAGCUUUGUUUAUAUUUGUAUGAUAUGAUCCCAGGAUCUCCGAAGCAGUACAUUUUUCGUUUGCUCAUAUUAAGGUUCUUGGAAGUUAAUUGUGUUCAAAGUUUUUGCAAAAGAAUUUUUUAUUUUAUUUUUGCUCUGUCUAGAGGGGCUACAGAGAAAAAAUGAAUUACCUCUAAACUGUAUACUUUUGAUCAGUGUUGUAAACCAUAAUUUAUAUUAAAAUGAUCAAAUUUCCACAA